AUGUGAUUUGGUGUUUUGUAUAAUUUCAUGUUACACAUAAUUAUUUUAUUGAUUAUUUAUCUUACUUUUAGUUUGGUACAAACUUUGGAGAAGUUAUAGCUACACAGAAGAAGCUGAAUUCGUUGUUGGAAGUUAGUGGAAAGUCGCAGGAUCCAGGAACCCGUCGUCAUGUCGGCCUCUUCUCUUCUUCUCCUCCUUCCUGAGACGAGCGCAGUGGGGGGAAGGGAGAAGGGAAAGGGAGAAGGGAAAGGGAGGAGAGAAGGAAGGAGGAGAGGAGGCGACGGGGGACGGCUCUAUACGCGAGGGCUGAAGGAGAGAGAGAAUGAUAUCGCCCUGAAGAAAAGGAGCCCGGGUGAAUGAGGCCCAGGAGGACUUCUCAAAACAAAAGACAUCUUCUUCUUCUUCUUCCUGUCCUCCUGCAGAAUCCUCCGCACGGGGACUUCCGACGGUGCCAUGGCCGAGGGAAGCUGCUUCGGUGCGCUGUAGCUCUUUGGGGUGACCACAGCUGGAACUUGCCUCUGAAGAGGAAACAGAGGAGACAUCUGCUCACGAGGGGUAGGAACCCGAACCAGGAAUCCGCUGGAGCGUCCUGUUCGCAAAGGAAAGGACUUCAGACCCGGUUUCUCCGCGAGGGCUUUGAGAAUUGGGCACUGACGCCAUGUGCCAUGUCAUUGUAACGUGCCGCUCCAUGCUGUGGACCCUGCUCAGCAUCGUGGUGGCCUUUGCCGAGCUCAUCGCCUUCAUGAGCCCCGAUUGGCUGCUGGGGUUCCCCCGGUCGGACUCCGGCGCGAGCGGGGCGGGCGUGGACUCCGGGGAGUACCGGCCGUCUCUGGGCCUGUACAGCCGCUGCCUUCGCAUCGGCUCCCGGGGAGUGGGGGCGAGCUGCGGGCCCUACGCCGGGACCUUCGGGGAAGUGGCCACCGGCUUCUGGCAGGCCGCCAUGUUGUUUCUGGCGGCCGGGAUAUUGGUGCUCGGAGGAGUGGCCUGUAUCUCCGUGUUCAGCAUGUGCUUCCAGAGCAUCAUGAAGAAGAGCAUAUUCAACAUCUGCGGACUGCUGCAGGCCAUCGCAGGCCUGCUGCUGAUGGUGGGCCUCAUGCUGUACCCUGCCGGUUGGGGUUCAGAGAAGGUGCUCAGCUACUGCGGGCCCGAGGCUUUGCCCUUCAGGCCGUCCCUGUGCUCCCUCGGCUGGGCGUUCUACGCGGCGAUAGGAGGAACGCUGGGCUCCUUCCUGUGCGCCGUUUUGUCCGCGCAGGCGGAGAUCGCCACCUCCAGCGAUAAGGUCCAGGAGGAGAUCGAGGAGGGCAAGAGUCUGAUCUGCCUGCUCUGAGCCUUUAGAAACCUCCUGUGUGUCAUUUCUUCUUGUAUGGACACCAUUUUCUUCAAGACAGCGUGGAUAAAACUAGUGAUUGUUAAAAAAAGAUGGAUGCCUUUUUGAGGGUGACAGCAUCAGGCCCAAUGGACUUUGCCUGUAGACCAAUGCUUUUGACCGCGAUACUGUUUUUAUAUGUGUUGUAAUUCUCACAGUAAACAAACCACUGUGCAGGAAGUAACAGGCGAUCGGUCGAGGGAGGUAGUGGACGCAUCGUUGGCGUCACGGCCGGGCGAGCGCAAUGCUGUUUACUCCCACGCUUCACCUGCAAACCACAACAAAACCACUGAGUACUACCAGAUGCGUGCGCGCCCCGACUCCCAGCAACCGCUUGCGUGUGUGUGCGUGUGUGACGGACAUUAACUGUAGAGGAUUGUAAACGGGUGAGUAAAUGAGUGUGUGAAAAGCUCACCCUUCGUGGUGCUCACAGGGAGACUAUGAGCUCACCUCCAUGAUGAGGUGGGGCUUUGUAAAGAUGGGCGAGACACAACGAGAUGAGGUAAAAAUCCAAGAAGCCUCCGUUGAGUAUUUGCUGGAUGAAUGCAUAUUGUGUUUUUUUGCCCCUCGCCGUUAAUUAAGUACACUUUGCUUCCUGUUUUCCUCAAAGCAUGCUUCAUUAAGUCGCUGAAAAAUGUGGAAUCACAUGGCCGCUUUGAUUCAUUUUAGAUGAAAUGUGCAAUAAUUCAACUGCAGUGUGUCUCCUGGGAGAGUGGGCGCAGCCAGAGGACGAAAGGUUUCUGGUCUGAUCUGUGCUCGGAUUAAUAAGUUGACUGUCAGCCGAUUUUGUUACAUUAACGAAAGAUUCUACAGCAUCCGUGGCACAUCGAGCGAUAUCGUCUGUACUCUGUACUCCAAUAAACCAGGCCUUCAUUAGUAAA